AUGGCAGACCUCAAGAUGACGGAGAUGUCCUACUUCUCGCCCAUGGGCUACCAGAGAAACACUUGCGGAUACUGCAAAAAGGCAGAAGGCAGCGCAAGUUACUACGCAUCCUCCACUGCCGUCCGCGUCGAGGAGUACGAGGCCCUCAUGGACCGCGGAUGGCGCAGGUCCGGAUCUCUCUACUACAAGCCCAACCUCGCCCGCUCCUGCUGCCCUCAUUACACCAUAAGGCUUGAUCCGAGCCAAUAUAAACCCCGCCGAGACCAGAGAAGGGCGCUGAAUAGAUGGACGGCGUUCGUCCUGGGUGCAGAGUACGCCCAUGCAGCAGCACGUCUGUGUCCUCGAUCAAGGCAAGAGAAAAAAAGACAUAAUCAGACAUUUGAUCUCGGCCAGCGGGUGCAUGAGAUGGAGUACCCUUCCCUGCCCAGGCCUGUCAACCCGCUUACCAAGAGGACCAUCGAGCCAGCGCACAAGUUUGAAAUCAACCUCGAAUCAGACUCGUUUUCAGUAGCCAAGUUCGAGCUGUUCCUGAGGUAUCAGACCACCAUACAUAAAGAGCACGAGUCGCGCUGGAAACACUCGGAUUUCAAGCGUUUCUUGUGCUCCGGCAUCAAACAGAAGACAGUCAAACAUACCGUUACCCAGGAAGACGGAAGCACCACUACAGUUGAGCGGAAGCUGGGAUCGUACCAUCAAUGCUAUCGUCUUGAUGGAAGCUGGUUGCCGUGGCGGUGCUGGACUUGCUCCCUCACUCCGUCAGUUCGGUGUAUAUCUUGUACGUUUUGGCCUGCCUCUAGCCAUGGUUUAUAUGCUGACCUUGAUAGCUAUGACCCCGAGUACGAAAAGUUUGAGCUGGGCAAGAUAAGUGCCAUGAGAGAGAUCGCGUUGACGCAAGAGAUGCAUUUCCAGCAUUACUACAUGGGAUAUUAUAUCCAUUCAUGUCCUAAGAUGCGGUACAAAGGCACUUUCAGACCACAGUACAUACAGGACCCUGAGACGUUCGAAUGGCACUCUCUAGAUGACGUAUUUGCCCCAAAACUAGACAACCAACGCUAUUUCUCAACUUCAGGCCAGCAAGUACCUGAUGUCUACGAGGAUAUACCGGAUGAAGACGCCAUGUCGUUAUUUGAUCUGCACAUGCCAGGCGUCUUGACAGUGGAGCAGCUAAAGUCUACCGUCGACCUUGACCAUUGGAAUCUACUCAUUCGCGGCAUGCUCGUUGAGAUGAUAGUACGUUAUCAAUUCUCUUCUCCUCUUUACGUCCAAGUCUCAUACUAACGGUACAGGACCUCGUUGGGUGGGAAACGUCGAGCGUCAAGAACCCACAGGCUAUCAAAGGUAUCGUUGCUGAGCUUGCUGCUACGUUGGGCCCAGAGGUAGUCAAGAACUCAGCCGUCGUCAUGUUCCAGAGCUGACACUACGCCAUUUUCCUUUGCAUACAACUUCGACUUGGAUCUCGAUUGUUACAUAGCCGACGAUCUAUAAAUAGUUAGUGUUAGCCGCGAGCGGGGCAAUUUUUAAGCGCAGCCGCCGGCACGUGAGUCAAGCUUCGGCAAAGCAAUCAGUUUCGCCUUUUUCUUGACAUUUUUAUCUUAUUCCUCUGGAUAAUAUCUCAUCAUUCAAUACAUCUGUCUGCUUGGAGGUGUUGGUAUUUCGGCCUUGUAUAGUUUAUUAAUGGCACAUCCAGGCAGACAGCCAUCUCCCGGCGGGACGGCCUUCGCACCCGGGUACAUCGAAAAACACC